AUGGAACCGAAUCAGUCCCUCUUUAUAGGAGCUUUCACAAAUCUCAAAUAUCUCAAUUUUUCAGGGAGUCUUCUUAUUGGAAUUAUUCCUCCAGAACUAGGAAAUCUCACCAAAUUGGAUAUUCUUGAUCUUAGUUCCGUUUAUCAUAGUUUGAGUACUAAUAGUUUUACAUGGCUUUCUAGACUCUCUAAUUUGAGAAUCUUAAAGCUUAAUUCUUGUUUCACCAAAGCCAUAGACUGGUUUGAUUCAUUUAGAACAGCUCCCUCCUUGUUAAACUUACACCUGCUACAUGAGUGUGAAUUUCCAGAGCUUGAUUAUGAUUCCACUUUUUCUCACACUACUACAAAUUCUUCUACCAAUUCUAUCACAACUCUUGAAGUAGUCUCUAGGAGUAGUUUUGGAUCUACAACAGUUUCUCGUUUGCUUAAUUUGAGCAAUAAUCUUAUUGAUCUCUCUCUAUUUCUAGAUAAUGAUGAUCAUAUUAAGGAUCAUAUUAUUCCACAUACUUUGGGAAGCUUGAAAUCUUUAAGGCAUUUACAUUUGAGUGGAUUUGUUGGGGAAGUACCAAAAUUUAUAGGGAAUCUUUGUAAGCUUCAAGAAUUAGUCUUGAAUUACAAUACAUUCAAUUCAAGUACCAUCACUGAUAUCUUCAAAAGCCUCAUUGAUUGCAAUAGCAACUCUUUAGAAAUUCUGAAUUUGCCUCAUAAUAAUCUAACAGGACAAUUUGUCCCUAUAGAUAUUGCUAGGAUUCCAAAUCUGAAAGAGUUAGAUGUGUCAUACAAUAAAUUUAAUGGAAAAUGGCCAGAAAGUAUUAGCAAGCUCCCUAGUCUUGAGUUAUUAUAUAUUUCUGGGAAUUCCUUCAGUGGAGUUGUCUAUGAAACACAUCUUCACAAACUCUCCAAAUUGGAACACCUUGAUUUAUCUUACAACUCUUUGACUUUGAAAUUUGGAAACAACUGGGUUCCUUCUAUUCAACUCCAACAUCUUGGUUUGAGAUCUUGCAUGAUAGGUCCACAUUUCCCUUCUUGGCUUCAAACACAGUCAAAUAUUUCACACAUUGAUUUAUCUUAUUCAGGAAUUUCUGAUACCAUUCCAACAUGGUCUUUCAAUACAAUUUCUAGUUUAAAUGGGCAACCUUAAC